AAGUGGGCAGACCGCGUUCGGCAGCUCUCAGUUUCCUCUCUGUGGUUCAUUCGAUAAUGACACUGAAACCGAUAUUGGUGAAUCGCGCGAAUAGCAUCCUGACACGCCUAUUCGCAUUCUAUUACUAAUUGCUUGAAAGAGAGUGUGCGUAUUUGUUAUAGUGUAUAUUCCACCCCGCAGUGUUCAAAACUAAUCGUUUGUUACUUUCGAUUUUACUCCAAAAAAAAAAAAAAAGACAAAAAUCAAUCGUACUCGUGAAAAAAAAACCAAUCUAUUUAUUUUCAUUUCAAACAAGGAACCAAUUUCAUCAUGGAAGAUACUAACGAAGAAAGUUUCUUCAUUAAAACCUUACAAAGACUACGUAGAUACAAAUUAUCUCCUACCAAGGAACAUUAUUGUUUCGAUAAAAAUACGAAAGAAAUCAAAGAAGAGGAUGCUUCACGUUGUUUUCUUGAUAACGAAAAAGUGGUCAGGGUCGUCCCUGCGACACUGGAUAAAACAAAUCAAGGAAUACAACAGGAAAUUACGAUUCCAAUCGAAUCAUUCGAAGUACCACCGAUAGGAAGAAUGAUGGGUGGCGAGAUGUUUCGACAAAUUUUGAUCGGAGUAGUUUGCAAUCUACUGAUCACCGAUAGUGGAUUUCAAGAAGGUUGGAGUACACCAACAAUACCAAAAUUCAUCUCCAAUGAAGAUCCAUUGACAGUGACCAGCGAUCAAAUAGCAUGGAUCGUAAAUUUGCUUUACGUUGGCGUCGGUAUCGGUUCAUUGAUCCCAUUUAUUUUGAUGAAUCGUAUCGGUCGUAAGAAAACUUUGUUAUUAGCCGCAUUACCAAAAAUCAUUAGUUGGAUUUUAAUCGGCAUUGCAACGGACCAAACUACUAUCUACUGUGGUAGAAUAUUAGCCGGUAUUGGUUGCGGUAUUUCUUAUUCCGUAUUACCGAUGUAUCUCGGUGAGAUAAGCAGCAAACGUACACGUGGUCUCUUAGGAACUAUGAUGGCUGUUAACAUGAACAUUGGAAUGUUAUUUAUAUUCACAGUUGGUCUAUGGAUUUCACGAUAUAUGAUGUCUAUGAUAGCUAUGACCAUACCAAUCUUAUUCGUAAUAAUGUUUGCUUGGUUACCAGAGAGUUCGGUAUUCUUAACUCAACGAAAUCAAUUAACCUCGGCUAAGAAAACUUUGAGAUGGGCAUUGGGAAAGGAUAACGUUGAGGAAGAAUUGGAAGAAAUUAAGAGAAUAUUAAUAACCGAGGAUACUUCGAGAAAAUUAACGUUUUACGAUAUUAUCAAGGAAAUGUGUAAGAAGAAAGAAAAUAAACGAGGAUUUGGAAUAAUUUUAAUUUUAAGCAGUGCACUGACACUAACCGGUGGUGCACCGAUAUUGGCUUACCAAUCAGAAAUCUUUGAAAAAGCUAACUUUACUGUGUCCACGAAUUUGAGUAUUAUCGUAACCGGUUGUGCAUUGGUCUUUGCAGGAUUUGCUUGUAUCCUAUUGGUUCAUAUUACUGGAAAAAGAAUAUUACUAUUGAUCUCAGCACCUGUUUGUUUUCUCGCGUUAUUUAGUUUAUCUUCAUUCUUCACUUUCCUUUCUGCUGGUUACGACGUUUCAAGAUUCAAUUGGGUACCAUCGGUAUUCGUGAUGACAUUUGUUCUAAGUUACGGAUUGGCAUUGAAUCCAAUGCCUUUGGCUUAUCUAGGUGAAAUCUUUCCUUUCGAAAUGAAAAGAGCUGCCGCAAUAUUUGCCUCGCUUUAUUACGCUGGAACUACAACGGUGAUUGUUAAAUUUUAUCAGAUAACGCAAGAUUUAUAUGGUAUCCAUGUACCCAUGUGGAUUUUUACCGCGAUAACUGUGUUACUAUGGAUUCUUAUCUAUUACUUCGUACCUGAGACGGAAGGGAAAACAGUGGAGGAAAUAUUGUUGGAUUUGAAGAAUAAAAAAUAAUCUUAAAAAAAAAAAAAA